UUGAAUACAAUGUUGAAAACACUCGUAAUAUUACAGCUCGCAGCUAAUUUUUUAGCAGUGUUAUGUUCAGAUGGCGCUUCUUACCAGUCUUCUGAUUUUGCCUCAAUUUCGUCAUCUGUGUCGAACUCGUAUUCACAGAGUUCUUCCUACGUGUCGUCCGAUAAUUACGGUGAAGAUGCACCAGAAAACGUGUGCGAUGAACCCCAUGAAUAUUACGAAACUUGUGAAUCAAGCGCUGAAGCUGCAGACGAUUUAUGCGUUGUAGGCUGUCGUUGUGAAAGUAAUUACGUUCGUAAUGAUAAAGGCAAAUGCAUUGUGAAAAAUAAAUUUUGCCGACGCCAGUUUGAAACAUUUACUGAUUGCGUUAAUGGAGGAUGCGACAGACGCAAUUGCUCGGAACUUAAACGACCUGCUAUUUGUAUUGAUGUUGUUAGGAAUAGUUGCAUUCAGGGAUGCGUAUGCAAGAAGAAUUAUUUACGAAACGUCCACGGUUAUUGUGUCCCUGUUAACAAUUGUCCGGAAAGGAAAGAUCCAAAAUGUCGAGGUGUAAACGAAUAUUACGAAAAUUGUGCAUCUGCUUCUAAUUGCGAAACAUGUGAAAAGGGUUGUCAUUGUGUACUGGGCUACGUAAGGAACGAUGAAGGGCAAUGUGAAGUAGACAAAGCACAGUACUCCUCAGCCACUGAAACUUCGACAAAAAUUACAACAGAUGUUCCAACAACAGUAACUCCGGCACCCGCUGAAGUAGAUGCGGAUAAAGCUUUAGAGAAAAUUUUAGAUGCGAACACGCAUUUUACGCAAUCAUUUUUACAAUUCAAAACAAAUGAAAAUCCCGAAGAUAGUUUUAUAGCCUCACCUUUUUGUGCACUGAUACCGCUAGCAGAAAUUGCUUUAUACACAAUUGGGAAGUCCUUUGCGCAAAUUACAAGUGUACUGAAUGUCACUAACAAGGAUGAGAUUCGUCAAGGAGUGAGAAGGCUUUUAGAUAAUUUCAAAUUACCUAAGAAUGUAACACUGAAUUUGGCUCAAAAAAUAUAUGCCAAUAAACAAUUUGAAUUGAGUGAUGCAUUCAAACACGACACAGAAGUGUACUUUGAUGCUGAAGCAGAAAAUUUAGAUUUCAGUCAGCGGGCGUCAGCGGCGAAAACUAUAAACGAUUGGGUGAAAGCGCAAACAAAUGGACUCAUACCAAAUCUUGUCGACGAAAGUUUGUUGAGCGAUUUGACACGAUUGGUUUUGGUAAAUGCUAUUUACUUCAAGGGUAAUUGGUUCCGACCCUUUGACCCGAAAAAUACGAAAAAGAAAGAGUUUUUCAUGACCAAAGAUAAAAAUGGGACAGUCGACAUGAUGUAUCAGAAAGGCUACUUUAGAUAUAUGGAGAGUCCAACACUAGAAAUAAAGGCAUUGGAAUUAUUAUAUAAAGAUAGAAACUAUAGUCUUUUAUGUGUGUUACCAACAUCGACGGACACUUACUCUCUAGAGGGCCUGGCACAAAAGCUACAAGAUCCUCAAACUUUUAAAUCUAUAAUUGAUGAAUUGCAAAACCAAGAAGUUAACGUAUAUUUACCGUCAAUACAAACAUCAACCACUACUGAUCUAACGAAAGUAUUUAAAGCUGUAAAUAUCACCGAAGUGCUGAACCCUAAUAACACAGAUAUGGUCGGAAUACUAAAAGUGUUUCAGCAACUCUAUGUGUCUGCAGCCGUUCAAAAAGCAAAGGUUGUUAUCAAUGAACUUGGUUCCGAGGCAGCCGCAGCAAACGUUAUAACAGUCGGCGUUACUUCAGUGAUGAUAACUGAACCAAAAGUUUUUGAAGCUAAUCGUCCUUACUAUUAUUUUAUAUUAAACCAGAGAAAAAAUAUUCUUUUCUGUGGUGCCUACACUGGGGCAUAG